UGCUCGACUUUGAAAAGUCCUACAAGAGCUUUACGACAAGCUGUGCCUGGUGAACAGCAGCUACAACAUACCCAGUUCAUUACCAUCUACACUGCUUCAUUUUGCAAGGUGGAAAGCGAUUACCAGACUAGCUCCAGCACUUCAAUCCACAGCGUUGGUACUCUGUUAUUGAGAGAGCUCUUCGAGAUUGCCUAAAUUAUGAUUAAUUCGCGAAUCAAAUCGCAAUCCCCGUUCGAGAUCUAUGUGAGAUCGAGACCUCUAAGCUCCGAUGAGCAGUCUAAAUUGGAGCCCGAGCUUAGUAUCAUCCACGACAAAAAUAGUCGUGUUAUCACACUCUCAUCACAAUGCGACCCUGAGCGGUCCCGAAAGUGGUCGAGCGGAGUGUCGUUUGCGCAGCUCUUUACAGGCAGCGUCACAAAUGAACAUGUGUAUGAAAGCACUGUUAAACCCGCACUGGAUCAAGUCAUGCUAGGUGCCACCUGCAACUUCUUUGCGUACGGACAUUCUGGAAGCGGGAAGACCCAUACGGUGAUCGGCUACGAAUACGAUGAUAGCCGUCAUCUUGGUUUGUGCCUCUCUGCAGCACGCGAUUUAUUUCAAGCGAUUCAGAAAGAGAAGGAGAACCCAUCUAUAGAGGAUGCGGUUGCAGGCAGUAAAGGAGGAAAGCUGGGCGUAGCAGUGCGCCUCUACGAGGUCCGAGGAAAGAGCGCUUUCGACCUGCUCAAUAAUGGAUCUGAGUGCCACGUUCGCCAAGGGCCCGAUGGCCAUACGCAUGUUCGUGGUAAGACUGAGAUCCUGGAGGGCGGCAAAGUCAGAGUGCGCCCAAUCGUGGCGAAGCCGGUGUGGUCAUACGACGAGCUCCAGCAAACUGUACUAGCUGGGCUUAAGAUGAGGGAGAUUGGCUCAUCGUCGAUACACAACGAGAGCUCCCGCACUCAUGCCUUUAUCGAGCUUGAGGUGAUCGACAACACGCUAUUAAAGGCUAGAGAAGUGGUCAUUGAGCGAGAAUCCGAGCUGGUUCCAGUUGGCAAACUGGCUACAGACAUUUACAUCGAGGAGCAGAUGAAGUCGUUGAUACGUACUGAAGAUGGUCGAUACAUCCCUAAUCCUGACAGCCCACUAGAUCAGGAUAGGGUCGAUGCGGCAGAAGCUAAAAAGAGGGAAUUCGAAGAACGACUCGAGCAGGCAGUAGAAGCGGUCAAAGAGUGCUUCACAAGCAGUAAACAUCGCUGUCUGGGGGGGAAAUUUGUCUUCGUCGACCUGGCAGGAUCAGAGUACUUCGAGCAAGCGGCCGGAAAGAGUGCAGAGCUAGUCAAGCAAACGCCUCAAGAGAGACAGCAAGGACGGCAGAUCAAUACUGAUCUCUUCGCACUGAAGGAGGUCAUACGUGCUAGGGCCUCUGGUCAAACGCGUAUACCUUUCCGGUCAUCUCCACUUACUAUGGUCUUGCGUAGUCAUUUCGAAGGGUCCAGCAACGGACGUUCCUCAAUCAUACUUACUGUGUCGCCUCUAGAGACACAAUACGUGGCGACAAAGAACACGCUAAGUUACGGGAGCCUGAUCAGUGGCAGGUAAAAGCCGAUACUGCCGCAAGCAUAACUGGAGGUUGCUGCGCAAGCCAACGCGAU